CAAGGUUCCUGGAAAUAAAUAACUAACAAUAUCUUUCUAGCUUCUCACUACUAUGUUUGAUCCAUAUUCUCCUUGAUCAAAUAAAAAUCUUUCUUAAACUCCUAUGUAUAUAUAUGAAGCAUCAAUUAGCUCUUGUAUUUACUAGAUCAAGUUAACACUUCAUUUUCGCUGGUCUAGCAAGAUGGCAUGGACAUCUCCAGAAGAAGCCAUGCCUUGGGUGGGAUUGUAUAUUUGUGCAGCAUCUCUGGUUUGCACUCUAGCAAUGGCAGCCGAUGUCUACCGAGGCUUUCGACAACGGAAGCUCUGGUUCCCAUGCAGAUUUUUCACCAUCAAUUCUGCUUCCGUUACACUGAUAGCAAUAUCAACAAAGCUACCAGUGGAUCUGAGCGCCGACAUGUCUGAUGACUUUCAGGAGAUUCUAGCAAAGAGUGUCAGCAUCAUUUUCUUGUUCACCAUGUUAGCCAACUUUCUCGCAUCUUUAGGGCUUAUGAAUGACAAGGAACUUCUGCUGAAUACGGUGGCCUUGUCAUCUAGAAGAGUUUUACAACAACGGUACAAGGAGUUGCACAGUUUGGCUUCUAAUCAUGAACAGAUAAACUUCUCCUACAAGGAAAUCGAACAUAAGGUUAAAAAGUAUUGGAUGAUGGCAGAGAGUGGUAACCCCCAAUUUGCAAUUGCUUGUUCACCAGUUUCUUCUACUUUUGGGGUUCUAUGCUCACUCUUUUCUUACAUUCCAUUCAUUAUUUUGCGUUUUUUUAGAUCAGAUAUUCAGAAAGAUGUAUCGGAUUAUAAGUGGUCGAUCAAAUUAAUUGUUUACUUGCAACUAACUGGGACAUUAGUUGGUAGUAUAGCACCUAUUUUCAGAUGUUUGACUGCCACCAGUCACUUCAACCCCUCCAUGAAAUGGAGCAUGCACCAUCUAAACGUGUUCCAUGUUGAGAAGCAUUGGAUUCAAAGGCUUCAGCAUUGGAAACACAGCCAUGUCCCUUCAUAUCUCCCAAGCCGCCAUUGCAAGAAAGUUUUCCGCAACAUCAGAAAUAUAAUUUUGAACUUUUGUAUAGUGCUUCAGAUAAUGGUCGUGGUUAUAUGUAAAACAAUAUGUCUCAUUCCCAUAUCUUUUCUGAUCUUAUUCUCUUAUUGUUACCACUUCGCCAAGUCUUCCUUGAAGUGGUUCAAGGAAGAACCAAGUCCAUCUAAUAGCAAUGUGAUAUCCGAUAUGGAAGAAUAUACCGAUUACGUCCUGCAAAUCGAACAGGAUGCGAAGCUUUCAAAGAGAUUAUUACGAAAUGCACUCAACUCUAUAACUCGACUUCUUCAAGAGUCUGAAAAGAAAGAGCCAAGGAAUCUUAUGAAGCUUCUCGAGAAAUCUACUGGAUUCAAUGGAGUAGUAGAAUUCGACAAUGACCGAGUUCCACCUUUACAUCCAGAAGAAAUACAGAAUUGCUGGAGCCUAGUAGCAGUGACAUUAACUGCCAUUGCACUUGCUCUUCCCAACAUUGCAAAUGGCCAAAUCAAGGGUUUGCUUGACAGCAUGAGGGAAGGUCUCCAAUUUGUAAGACAUAUCGAAGAACGCCUGAAUACAAAUGGUGAGUUGGUAAAGGCAAGAAAAGCAGCUAGACAUGUGUGGACGGAUGUUGAAGUAUACUGCAAGUGGCUACAAAUUGAUCUUCAAAAGAGGGCUCGUAAAGGAGAAACAUCACAGAAAAUUCUUGAAUGUUUGGGUGGUGAAGCAGUAAGUAUUGUGAUACAGUUCAAGGCAAGGAAAAAUGUAACUCUGGAUCACUCACUCUGUAAAUUCAUUGCUGCAAGUUCUAUGUACAGGAUCAGCCAAACCAUAUUGCUUCUCUGCAAUGAGCAAAAGAAUUGGCCAACAGAUGAGGAGCUUUUUGAUUUGAUAUCAACCCGAUAUUCUAAUUCACAACUAGAACUCGACAUAGUAGGUUACUUCUUGGCAAUCCAUGAAACAAUAUUACCACUAAGAAAGAUAGAAUAACCAUAGGUUGAGCGUCGUGUCUCGAUACAACGUGCCUGGUCAACAUCCGAGUAGGCAACAAGAGGAAUAGUUGAAGAUCUUUGGUAAUGAAGACCAAAGGAUAAGGUUCCUUUCACAUAUCGAUGACUACGCUUGACUGCCUGGAAAUGAGUUGUUGUAGAUGCAUGCAAGAAUCGACUAACUUGAUCUACUGCGUAGGAUAGAUCAGGACGAGUGGUGGUGAGGUAUUUCAAAGCACCAACCGAAGAACGAUGGAGAGUUUGGUCAUGAAACAGGUCACCAUGACUAGUUGGUGCCUUUGAGGUAGCAAGUGGAGUAUAAAUUGGUUUUGCAUCCAAUAAACCAGCUUUGGAUAGAAUAUUUAAAGCAUAUUUAGAUUGAGUAAGAUACAGCCCAUUAGUAGUGUAAACAACCUCCAAUCCCAAGAAAUAGUUGAGUUUUCCCAGGUCCUUACUAGCGAAUUCCUGAUGUAAUCUAGCAAUAAACGCCUAUUCCUGUUAAAAUUAUGUCAUCGGCAUAAACAAGAAGAAAAAAAAUGUAGGAGCCCUUUUAAACAUGAACAAGGAAGGGUCUGCAUGACUGCAAGUAAAACCAACUUUGAUUAGAAAGGAACUAAUUAAGGUGUUGAAACCAAGCUCUUGCAGCUUGUUUCAAACCAUAAAGUGUUUUUUAAACUCCUGUUUAGAUGAACUGCAAGAGAAAGGAUGAUACGCACAGUGGAAGCUUUCACAAUUGGGCUAAAGAUAUGAGAGUAGUCGAGACUCGGUAUCUGAGUGAAGCCUUGGGCGACUAAGCGUGCUUGUAUUGAUCUAUAGAACUAUCAGACCGAUACUUCGUUCGAAAGACCCAUUUGGCUCCAACAAUGUUGGAUGUAGCUGGUCUAGGAACCAAGUCCCAUGUUUCAUUUUGGAAGAGCUUGUACUUCAGUGUUCAUGGCGUCAAUCCAUCUGGAAUGUUUGGCGGCUGAUUUGAAGCCAUUUAGAUCUUUAUGAGAUAAUAAGACCGUUUGUGAAGCACUUGAUGUGAGAGCUGUGAAAUCUAUGAAAUAACAAGGCUUGGAGAUUUCAGCCUUACCUCGUGUAAUCAUGGGGUGUGUCGAGACAACAGGGGGAGGAGAGUCUGGAGCAAAAGGGGCAGCAGAGACGGGUUUGGAGUCCGCUGGAGGCACAUCUUCAACAAGUGUUGAACAGAUCUUUGAACAAAUUUGUCGGAAUCAAAACACAAAUGGCAUGAACUUGGGCUCGUGGGGGAGCAACGUGGGGAUGGAUGGGUACAUCACUAGGAUUUGAUUGGGCCGACAGUGGUGCACUUGCUUCUUCAAAAUUUGAUAGAAACAAGCUAAUAUCAUAACGUCACCACUUAACAGAAAUAGAGUCUCAUCAAACUUAGCAUGCUGAGUGGUGUAGAUCUUAGAAGUAGUCAUAUCAAGACACCGAUAACCUUUAUAUAGGUGCUAUACCCGAGGAAAACACAAGGGAUGCUACGUGGAGCAAGUUUAUGAUUUGAAUAGUUCCUUAAAUAAGGAGAUACUCCACAUCCAAAGUUACGAAACAUGUGAAAAUUUUUCUGAGUUUUAGAGAGAAGCUCGAAUGGUGACUUGUUCUCUAGCACAUGCAAUGGAAGCCGAUUAAUAAUGUAUACCCCAUAACUAAAAGCAUCAACCCAUAAGGACGACAAUGCACCUGUAGUAAAUAACAUAGCAACCCAUUUUCGGUACGAGGUUUACGCUCAACACGCCCAUUUUGUUCAGGUGUAUAAGGGCAUGAGAUACGAUGAUGAGUAUCAUUUUUAGCAAAAAGAUUUGACUUGUUUAUUUAAGAAUUCAGUGCCACCGUCACUUUGAAAAACCUCAACCCUGCAUGAAUAUUGAGUUUGAACAAUUGCCAAAAAGGUUUUAAGAACUAUGGAAAAGUCAAAUUUGUGCUUCAAGGGAUAGAACCAAAUAAAACGGGAGAAAUCAUCAACAAAAAUAACAUAAUACAUAUAACCAUCUAUAGAUGAAACAGGUGUAGGACCACAUUGAUCACAAUGUAUCAUAUCCAACACAUGCAAAGAUCAUUUUUUAUUUAAAAGAAAUGGAAGCUUAUGACUUUUAGAAAUCUCACAAGAUGAGCAAACACCGGGUUUAGGUAAAAGGGAAAUACAAACAAAUUAACAUGUUUUUGUGACAAGGAAAAAGUAGAAAACAAAACAUGUCUACACGACUAUGCCAGAGCUCCUAGGAUGCAUGCAGCCUAUUUGACUUUAGUUGAGCAACCAAAGCUUUAUGACCAUGCUCAAGCACAUAGAGCCCAUUAUCAACCCUUCCAUUUGCUAGCACCUUUUUCGUGAGUCGUUUCUUAAUUGAAAAUUUAUGAUUAGAGAACAAUACAUCAACAGGAG